AGUUUUUCUUCUGUCUGAAGUAAAUAAAGUUGUCAAGAGAAAUCUGAUAGAUUAAAAAAUCUAAAGUUAUAAGAUGUAUCAGAGUGAAAAUCCACAGUCAAAUGUCGAGGCGCAAGUCGUGAUUGGACCUCCAUUAUUGCCUGCUUUACAUGUAGGCCAAAAAAUUGCUAGUGGACCAUAUUCAAUUACAGUUACAGAGGCGAUGGUAAGAGGACGAGAAAGAGAAAAUGAAGAAAUAUAUAGACAGUGGGUUGCUCAGAUAAGCAGAGAAACUCGUGAUAAUGACGAAUAUUAUGCAGAGUUUAAAAAUCGGAAAGUUCGAAGGAAGUUUAUCCGAAAUGUUUUUUGUGUUCUUUCUCUAUUGAUACUUUUUACAAUUGGUAUUGUCUCGAUUUUCUUAUUUGUAUCAGAGGCUAAAGUGUUUUUAUUGCAGAAUUGGUAUUUAGCUUGGAUUUCUAUGGUGAUAUUUCUAGUUGUCUACUUUAUAAUUGUUUUUAAUGAAUCAGCGAGACGAAAAUACCCUUACAAUUGGAUCUGUCUUUUUCUUCUGACUUUAUCAAUGUCUUUAAUGAUGUCUUGCAUAUCGCUCACGUAUCGAUUGGAAGUUGUGUUGUCUGGUGGGAUCACAACUGCAACUAUUACAGUAAUUAUCUCCUUUUUUGCAACAGUUUGCAGUUUUGAUUUAACAAAACGAAUUGGAUUGGUGCUAAUUAUAGGAUUCGGUGGAGUCGUAUUACUUUUUAUAGUUAUACCUAUUUAUAUAUUUACUGCAAUCAGUGCUUUGAGCAUAGCAAUUGGAGUGAUAGGAAGCCUUUUAAUAUCAAUGUAUCUAUAUUUUGAUAUACAAACCAUCAUGGGAGGACGAGAAAUCGAGUUAAGACCGGACGAAAUAGUUAAUGCUGUCACUCGACUAUAUGUCGAUAUUUUGCUUCUUUUCCAAUACGUGUUGAGAUGCUUUCGUUAA